AUGACGAAGACGUAUAUCAUGAACGGUUUGGUGGAGAAGAUGCAAUCCCCAGACCAGGAUUUCCGGUACAUGGGUCUGAAUGACCUUCUACUGGAGAUCAAGCAAGAUCCUAAUAGCUUCUUGGGCGAUGAGGCAUCGGAGAACAAAGUGCUCAAGCAGGUGCUCGCGCUCGUGGAGGACAAGAUCUCGGAGGUGAAGAACCAGGCGGUCAAAUGUCUAGGACAGCUCAUCAAGAUCAUUCGCGAGUCCCAGAUGGAGACCGUCGUGGACAAGCUGAUUGAGUUCUCUGCCGGCAAAGAUGAGGAGCUCCGGGAUAUCGCUGGACUAGCGUUGAAGACUAUCACCUCGGAGCUUCCAUCCGACGGCAAGAUUGCUCUCAAAGCUUGCGAGAAGCUGACGCCCAAACUCCUCGGACAGCUACAGAAUCCGAGCACACCACCAGAGACCCUCAUCGAAACACUCUCGAUCUUGUCUAUCUUGAUCAGCCGCUUUCCCGGAUACUUGAUCGGCCUGGAGGUCCAGCCCAUACAAGUACUAACACCUAUGCUCUCGCACCCCCGACCAGCCGUCCGGAAACGGGCUAUCACGACCCUGGCACAGUUCUUGCCAUACUCCCAACCUCAGCACUUCACCGAAUUGUUGAGCGCGUACAUUGUCCCUGGUCUGACACCAUCCGCCAACCUCGAGAAGCAGCGCACAGUUGUUCAGCUGGUUGCGGCGGUGGCCCGUCAUUCUCCGCACCAAAUCGCAGCUGCUUUGAGCGAGAUCGCGCCUAGCAUCCUGAAGGACUCACAGCGCGACGACGAGGAGCUGCGUGAGAGCUGUCUGCAGGCUUUGGAAGCGCUUGUGCUCAGAUGUCCUGGCGAGAUCACGCCGUUCCUCAGUUCGACCAUCCAAGUCGGCAACCAGUACAUCAAGUACGACCCGAACUAUGCCGGCGGUGACGAUGACGAGGAUGAAGAUAUGGCUGACGAAGACGAUGAGGACGAUGAGGAGCUGGGCGAUGAGUCAGAGUAUGAAGACGACGAAGACACCUCAUACAAGAUCCGCCGGUCAGCGACGAAGCUCCUUGCCUCUGUUAUUGCUACGCGUCCAGAACUGCUCACCACUCUGUACAAGGAGGUCUCUCCAGUGCUCAUCUCUCGAUUUGGUGAUCGCGAAGAAACCGUUCGCCUGGAGGUAUGGUCCACCUACAGCGUACUCUUGACCCAGACCGGCGUGUAUGGUGGAUCACCACAAAGCAACGCGGAAUACACGGUAGGAGGCAAGCGUAAGCGUGAAGAAGGCAUGGAGGUCGAGGAGACGCCGUACAGCUUACUGCAGUCGCAAGUGCCUUCCCUUGCAAAGGCCCUCCUGAACCAGAUCAAGUCGCCGAAGACGCCCGCACCUACACUCGAAGCCGGGUUCUCUCUUUUGCACAAGCUUCUGACUGUCCUUCCUGGCUCUCUUGCGAACCAGUCGGCACAGAUUAUCGCCGACGCGAAGAACGUCCUCUCCACCUCCUCACGAAGCUCAGCGUCUCUGCAGGUGACAUGCAUGUCUUUCCUCGCGCUUUUCUUCUCGAAACACCCUCCUGCCGUCUACGCGCCCCAGCUCGAGUCUAUCACGCCGUUCUUGCUGCAAGCUCUGGCGGAGAAGCACCCGCGGAUCGCCUCUGAGGCUUUCCGCAACUUCUCUGCACUACUCAACGCGAUGCAGCCGGUGAAGAGCGGACAGUGGGUCGACCGCGUCUACGACGAGGCCGUGCGACGUUUGAGCAACCACGAUACGGAUGCGGAGGUGCGUUCGUGCGCAGAGGAGUCUAUUGGCGACCUGUGGAUCUCCGCGACAGACGUUGUGAAGACGAAGAACAGGAAGGAGUGGGAGUACAUUUGCAGGACCACUGGCCGUACCGAUGGUGCCGUCAAGGUCGUCACCGAGGUAGCGACGAAGGUAGAGAUGGACGAUGCGUGGGUGAAUGGUUCUGUCGAGUGGGUGUCGACCCUCUUGAAGAAGAGUGGGCGUACGGGUAAGGUGGAGGCGUUCAACUGCUUGGACGCCCUCUUGAGGAGAUAUUCCGCGAUCCCAGCUGAUCUAUCCGCAAACCUCAUCCCGACGCUCAAGGCGUACAUCAUCCCCGCCGACAUCCUGCUCCUCGGUGCCGCACUCGACAUCAUCGCUCUCCUGCUCGAGCUCUCCCCGGUGGCGACGUUCCCCGAGGUCGAGCGCGACGUGCUCACGGACGUCUACGGGAUCGCGCACUCGCCGCUUCUCGCGGGCGCGCCGUUCGACUCCGUGCUCGCGUUCUACGCAGCGCUCGUCGAGGCUGACAUGCAGAUCGCGCCGCAUGUCGUCGCGAACCUCGUUUCCUCGGUCGAGAAGGCGCCGAAGGGCGAUGUGAGCCUCCCGAAUGUCGCCAAGUGCGUGGGCCAGGUCGUCAAAUCCCAGCGGGCGGUUGCCGCGGGGACGAUCGCUGAGUUCGCCCGGCACCUGAAGGUACGUGUGACAGCGCCGCGAGUGCCGGCGCGGUCUUCGGUAGCGCGGACGGCGGGGCGCGGACGGCGCGGGGCGCGGGGUGAGAAGCUGCAGAAAUUAUUCGUAAGUAUGGGAGGGUAGUGGGUGCUAGUUGGCGCGCAGGGCGCAGGGAGAGUAUCGGGGCUUGGUUGGCACGGACGGGACAGGACGCCGGCAGCAGCAGGGGGCGGUAGGACGGAGUGUUUGGUCGGCCACACGGGGUCACGCCGUCGUGGACAUGUACAUAACGUAGAU